AUGACUACAAUCUUAGAAAACAAACUUAUUAAUGAAUCGAAUGAACAAAAAGAAUGGAAAGAUAUAAAAGUUAAAUUAGUAGCAACAUCAAUUAAAGCUAUGGUCAUACUCAAUAUAGGAGGUGAAAAAGAUACAUUCUUCACUGCACUCUUCUCUAAAGAAUCACAACUUGAAAGAGAUCAUAAUGAUGGAAGUAUAUUCAUUGAUCGAACUGGUAAAAUCUUUACUUAUAUUCUUGAAUAUUUUCGUACAAAUACUGUGCCGAUUAAUGUUAUGAAAGAUGAAACACUUCUAAAUAGUCUUUUUAUUGAGGCUGAAUAUUUUCGUUUGUAUAGUCUGAUGGAUCGAUUAGGCAUUAUUUAUUUUCCGAAUGGAUCAUUACUUCAACCAACACAUCAAAGAAAGCUAAAUGAAUUUUAUGGUAAGAUUUAUCAACGAUGGGAAUUGAUUUACAAAGCAUCACGUCAUGAAUUUGGUGCUAAUGCAUUUCAUUCACGUUGUAAUAAUCAAGGACCAACAACGACGAUUAUUCAAUCAAACAACAAUUAUCUUUUUGGAGGUUAUACAUCUAUUCCAUGGACUUCAGAUGGUUCAUAUAAAAAUGAUACGACAGCAUUUUUAUUCACUUUGAUCAAUCCUUGCCAUAUUCCACCGACUAAAGAUCUCAUCAAUUCUGAUGAAACAGGAAACGCAGUUUAUCAUCACACUGAUGAUGACCCAAUAUUU